UCAAUAUGGCGGAACAUUUGCAAUAGAACAAGAAGAAAAAAUAGAUAUUGGCUUUUAUUAAAUAAUGCAUUAUCUUGAGGAUUACCUUGAGUUGAUUGAGCAGUUGCCAAUUGAUCUGAGAGAUAGAUUUACUGAAAUACGAGAAAUGGAUUUACAAGUGCAGAAUGGGAUUGAUGAUUUGGAAAUGAAAGUUCGAGAAUUCCUUUCUAAUGCGGCAACUGCAACUCAAGAAUGGCGAGAUGAAUACUAUAAAAUAUUAAAACAGGAAUAUACAAAGGCGUUAGAUGAUGCAGAGGAGAAGGUUUCUAUAGCUUCGAGUAUUUAUGAUUUGGUAGAUCGACAUUUGCGUAAAUUGGAUCAAGAAUUAUCAAAGUUCAAGAUGGAACUUGAGGCAGAUAAUGCUGGUAUAACAGAAAUCCUUGAGCAAAGAUCAUUACAGCUAGAUGAAGUAUCCACCCCAGAAGUACCGAGCCUUAAUACCCUUCAACCUAUACAACCCUUGGCUCGUAACAUCAUUCCACCAUCAGCACAUUCCCAUAAACGAAAGGCAACUACAAUAGAUGUGUUUGCGGAAGAUCUGCCAAAUGGGGACAUUUCUGUCCCUGUGUCAACAGUCAGUCUCCCAGACUAUAACUCUUGCUCAGGCUCAUUUAACAUCUAUAUGUCAUUAGAUCAAAAGAUGUCAUUAGCUGGCCCACAGUCAAUGCAGUAUAACAUCGGAACAGUGGGAGCAAGCACAAGUGCUGCACCUUCUCAUUCAGAUUCUCAAUUGUAUCCAAUGCCCGGAAGAAAAAACAGCAACACAAAAGCUUAUGGGCAAUCAAUAAAAUCGGAAUAUCCCGGUCUAUCUAUAAACACAUCAAUGACGUCGACAACACAAAUGGGUGGCCCCUAUCCUGGAACACCUGCAGCGUUAAAUAUCAACUAUGGAUCCUCACCAUCUAUGUCACACCUGGAGCUUAACUCUUCUCUAAAUCCAAGUCCAUCAGGAAAUAAACAAAGUGCAAGAAGCAAAAAGCAAAAGACGCCGAUUGUUGAUUCUGCACCAUUGCAAACAGCGGUUAUUUCACAGUCUGUGGACUGGGUUUAUGAUCCAAAUGAACCACGAUAUUGCCUUUGUAACCAGGUUUCAUAUGGAGAAAUGGUUGGAUGUGAUAAUCCAAAUUGCCCAAUCGAAUGGUUUCAUUAUGGUUGUGUCGGAAUCACCGAUCCACCAAAGGGCAAAUGGUUUUGUCCAAAAUGUUACCCUCAAACAUCGAAAAAGAGACGUCGAUGACGUCAGGUGUCGAUGACGUCAGGUGUCGAUGAUGUCAGGUGUCGAUGUCAGGUGUCAGUGACGUCAGGUGUUGGUGACGUCAGGUGUUGGUGACGUCAGGUGUUGGUGACGUCAGGUAUCGAUGACGUCAGGUACUUUUCAGGUUAUGUUGUUGUUUCCUUAUGAAACUAUCAUGUGAAAAUUGUAAAAAUAAUAAUCACCAUGUGACGGUUUGCGGCCCGGUUGAAUGAAUGACCGUGCAAUAGUUGGAUUUGUAAAUAAUGAACGAAAAAUUGAUGUAAGUAUGUAUUUGUAUAUAUUAGUAAUUGAACGAAAGCUAGAACAUCUAAAUAAAUUGUAGAGGAAUUCGCCA